UACUUUCUUCGUCCGCAGUGCGCAUGUGCGGUUACUGUCAACCGCGCGACUCUCUCCGGCCGUAACCUCAAAGUAAAAAUAUUUCGUAAACAUGACGACUGCUUUAGAGAAAGUCGCGAUAGCUUUAAUUGUAGGAGCAGUGUUCUUUUUGUUAAGAAGCAUAUUCCGUGCGGUGUACACAUUCGCAAUUGGACCAUUAAUCAAUAAGGUGGAUUUCAAAACUAAAGGGAAAUGGGCAUUGGUGACCGGCGCCACAGACGGCAUUGGCAAGGAGUACGCCAGACAGUUGGCGGCUAAAGGCUGUGAUAUCAUUCUAGUCAGUCGUUCUAUGGACAAACUCAAGACUGUAGCUGAAGAAAUUGAAAAAGACUUCAAAGUGGAAACCAAGGUGGUGCAAGCGGACUUCAGUUCAGAAAGCAUCUACGAUAACAUCAAGACCUCUAUUGAGGGACUCGAGAUCGGCACCUUGGUGAACAAUGUCGGCAUUUCGUACGACUACCCUGAGUACUUCUUGGAUGUUCCUGAUUGGGACAACAGGUUCAAAUCCCUCAUCAACGUGAACAUCGUGUCAAUGACGCGCAUGACGCAAAUUGUCCUCCCUGAGAUGGUCAAGCGAGGGAAGGGUGUCGUCAUCAACAUCGCUUCUGGCACCGGCGUCAUUCCGGCACCCUUCUUGGGGAUGUAUGUUGGGACUAAGGCAUACGUCAUCAAGCUUACCGACUGCCUCCGCAUUGAGUAUGCCGACAAGGGUAUCCUCUUCCAAAACGUGAACCCUGGAUACGUCCUCUCUAACAUGUCAGGAUUGAAGAGGGAGACUUUGAUGUCCCCAUCAGCUAAGAAAUUCGUGCGAUCUGCCCUUGGCUUGGUGGGAACAACGAGCGACACGGCCGGCUAUUUCCCACACUAUGUCCUGUUCAAUACUAUCCUGUUCGCGAAGGACAUGUUCGGACCUGUCAUCGAAUGGGUGGUGUCCAGGUCGAUGCUGAACGUGAGACGGCGUUACCUCAAAAAGAAAGGAAAAUUGGAACCGUAAGGCAGUUGGCAGUUAUUUGUAUGUGAAGUUGAAACAACUAACUAAACUCAAAGCAGACUCAUUAUUUUUAAGUACAAUGUUAAUUAAGUUGUUUAUUUUAUUUACAAAAAGUUUAGUUGUUAUGUGUUGAUUGUUAUAAAAGGUAUGCGUUCUGUACAAACGCUGACUCGUACUGAAUAAGGCUGAAAAAAAUUUACAUAAGAAAUCAUUGUGUUUCAUUACCACGUAAAAUCUCUUUCGCUGCACCUAUCACAGACUUCGACCAAAGAGAAGUGACAGUACGUCAAACAUUUUCUUUGGACUGUCAUGUCAAAAUCAAAUGUCUUCUAAUUUACCAUAAAAACAGAAAAUCCGCACAAAAUAUCAAAAAUACACAAAUGUAACGGUUACAAAAAUGUUAGAGUACUCCGGUACGAUGUUACAAAAAGUACGUUAGCGAACUAUGGGUAGAAAAGGCGAAGGUGCGUGCGGAUUAAGUUUCAAUCUCAACCAACUGCUGAUGGUGAUAGGGUCUAUAGUGAUACUGGUGCUGCUGUUCUUGGUCGUCUGUCACAUAACCAGUGGACGCUAGAGAAUGGGGAAAAAAGGAGUUUGCUAUAACGUCGACGUACUCCAGGUUUUGCUGAUCGCAUUUGCCUUCGUGACACUGCUCAUAGUUCUCAGUUGGAUGUGUAAAUAUUUCCAAGGAGCCUCCUGCUAAGACACCACCAUGGGGACGUGUGGGCUGGUUUUCUCCCUGAAUCAGAUGCUCACAGUCAUCGGUUCUUUAGUGGUGCUACUACUUCUGUUUAUCCUGGUCAGCAGUAUUGUUACGAAGAAGACCUAAGACUUAACUAUGUGCAAAGGACAAAGUAUUCCUAGAUAUCAUCAGAACAUCGAUGUGCUGCAGGUCAUAAUUGUCGGAUUCUCGUUCAUUAUUUGGCUGAUCUGUAUGAGAUGGAUGGCCAAGUACUUACAAGGACUCCCCCCAUGAGUUACAUAUUGAAGAUGAUGGGCAGCAAUAGAAGUGCCACCAUGUCGACAAUAGCAUUGCAAGUAUCCUGUUAACAUUGUUAUUUAUUUACGGUAUUAUGUAAUAAACUAUACACAGCUGA